UUGUUCUUCCUCCUGUGUGACGUCAUCGAGGUGUUCUCAACCGCGGAACAAAUGUUGGCCAAACACUUGUUUCACUGGGACAAUAUUGAUUGGUGCACACUUCCUCCGCCCAGCCACAGAACAAAAAAAAAAGUCCCAUUUAAGAGUUGCUGGUGUAACAAUAGGAAGAAUAUAUUCCACUCCUCUCUUCUACACGCGGCUUAUGAGAUGGACGCUCGUCAAGAAGAACGUCCCCUUCAGCAGCAGGAGGAUCCACAGCCCCCCCACAUUAAAGAGGAAGAGGAGGCUCUCUGGUUUACUCAGGAGGAAGAGUUUCUUCCAGGGCAGGAGGAGGCGGAUCUCACCAAGUUUCCACUGACUGUUGUCUCUGUGAAGACUGAAGAGCAUGAAGACAAACCACCUGAGUCCUCACAGCUUCAUCACAGUCCAAACGUCUGUGAAGAACAACUUCUGCCUGGAAAACAGGAGUGUAGCUUCAGGAUGGUGAAGGAGCAUCCAUCAAAAAAAAAGACCGGGUGCCACGGACCCUCUGGCGUCUCCUUUUCCUCUUUGACACAGACCCUCUCCUGUAAAAAGGAAAAGGAAUACUUGCUGAUGCCCCACAUUAAAAAGGAAGAGGAGGAACACCGCAUCACUCAGCCUAAAUGGUUGGAGGAGUUCCCAGUGACUGGUGUCCCUGAAGAUGAUGAGGUCAAAGGUGAAAGUGAGAAGAAGAGAGAGGCGGAGCCUCCAAGCAGCAGCUCAACACAACACAUGACAACAGAAGCUGAUGGAGACCACUGUGGAGGAUCACAAGCAGACAAGCUCUUAGCUCCACUAUCAGAUAGUGAGGACACAACGUCACACUCUCCUGACACUGAUGAUGAAGACUCUAAAGAUGAUAAGACAUGUCACACUGACAACACUCACUUCAAAUGUUCUCACUGUGACAAAACCUUUAAAUACCAUUGUCACCUGAAAGUACACAUGAGAAUACACACUGGAGAAAAACCUUUUCCCUGUUCAAUCUGUGGCAAAAGUUUUAUACAAAGUCCCCAUUUGAAAGUACACAUGAGAACACACACUGGUGAAAAACCUUUUUUUUGCUCAGUAUGUGGUAAAAAUUUUGUUUUAAGUAAACAUUUGAAAGUACACAUGAGAACACACACGGGUGAAAAACCUUUUGUCUGUUCAAUCUGUGGUAAAGGUUUUACACAAAGUAACACUUUGAAAGAACACAUGACAACACACACUGGUGAAAAACCUUUUGUCUGUUCAACCUGUGGUAAAGGUUUUACACGAAGUCAAUAUUUGAAAGUACACAUGAGAACACACACUGGUGAAAAACCUUUUUCCUGUUCAAUCUGUGGUAAAGGUUUUACAGAAGGUCGACAUUUGAAUGUACACAAGAGAACACACACUGGUGAAAAAUCACAUUCCUGUUCAAUCUGCAACAGAAGCUUUGGCGACCGAUCAAACCUUGUAGCACACAUGAGAACACACACUGGAGAGAAAUCACAUUCCUGUUUAAUCUGCAACAGAGGCUUUUGUGAACGAUCAAACCUUGUUAGACACAUGAGAACACACACUGGAGAGAAAUCACAUUCCUGUUCAAUCUGCAACAGAAGCUUUUGUGAACGAUCAAACCUUGUAGUACACAUGAGAAGACACACAGGAGAGAAAGUGUUGAAUUGCAGUGUGUGUGGUGAAAGAUUAUCGUCUAAGUACCGGUGUAAGAAACACAAGUGUGCUGGUGAGAACAGCAGCAGCAAAUGAAACUGCAGAAUCUGAAAUAAACUGUCAAGACUUUAAUUUUGAUGUUUUAUAUUAGUGCUUUUUUCAGUCAAGCACAAACAUUAUUAGUAUGCAACAUUGUGUACUUUUGUUAAAAAAUGGACAGAACAAUUUGAGUAAAAAGUUGAGCUUAAACAGUACGAGACUUCUUUUACAUGCAAUAAACAUUGUCAAGUUA